UGGAACAAUAGCAUAUGACAUUACAACUGGAUGUGCAGAAAUCAUUUUCAAAGUAACGAUUAUUUAAUGAAGUGCGACACCUCGGGUUCAGAGAUCCAUCAACUGAGAAACCCUCCAUUCUCUUGACCCAAAAUUCUCAGAAUGGAUUCCGGGGCCUAUUCUUCAGUUUCCAUUAUUAUUUUCCUUGCAGCCAUCAUAGCUAGUGCUUAUUAUCAUUCAGCAGAAGCAGCUAUGUCUAAGGGAUCUUUUGAAGAUAAUUUCAGCAUAAUGUGGUCUCAAGAUCAUUUUACUACCUCUGAAGAUGGACAGAUCUGGUAUCUUUCUUUAGACAACGACACAGGAUGUGGGUUUCAAACAAAACAAAGGUACAGAUUUGGGUGGUUUAGUAUGAAGCUGAAGUUGGUAGGAGGUGAUUCUGCUGGUGUUGUAACAGCUUAUUAUAUGUGCACAGAAAAUGGUGCAGGACCAGAAAGAGAUGAACUUGAUUUUGAGUUUUUGGGAAACAGAACAGGGCAACCAUAUUUGAUUCAGACAAAUGUGUACAAGAAUGGAACUGGUGGGCGUGAGAUGAGACAUAUGCUAUGGUUUGAUCCAACUGAGGAUUAUCACACUUAUUCCAUCCUAUGGAACAAUCAUCAGAUAGUGUUUUUUGUGGAUAGAGUUCCUAUAAGGGUAUUCAAGAACAAUGAAAAACCAAACAAUUUCUUCCCGAAUGAGAAACCAAUGUACUUGUUUUCAAGUGUAUGGAAUGCAGAUGAUUGGGCCACAAGAGGUGGACUUGAGAAAACAAAUUGGAAAUUAGCUCCAUUUGUGUCAUCUUACAAAGAUUUCAGUGUUGAUGCUUGUCAAUGGAAAGAUCCAUAUCCUACAUGUGUUUCAACCACAACAAAAAGUUGGUGGGAUCAAUAUGAUGCUUGGCAUCUAUCAGGAGAUCAAAAAAUGGAUUAUGCUUGGGUUCAGAGAAACCUUGUGAUUUAUGAUUAUUGUAAGGAUUCUGAACGUUAUCCGAUUCUGCCAGAAGAGUGCUCAUUGAGUCCAUGGGAAUAAUGUAUCAAGGGGAAAAUAUUAUUUUUCUUUUAAUUAAAUAUUUUUUUUUUUGUAUUAUCAAAAUAUUUUAGUUAGCAGAGUUUUUUUAUUCGUUGAAUAUUAUUUUCUGAUUAUGUAAAAGCACAUUCCAUAAUAGAUGAAGUUUACAUGGCUUACAAUUUCACUUCUA